AGCGAGGGUUGUUUUGCUUUAGGGUUUCACAUGGGAUUUCAGAGACAUGUUUUUAUAUUCAUUCACAGAAUAAUUAAUAACUUACAUUUGAGUUCUGCUGCAGCAACUGAAGACUUGAAAUUCUUUCUUCAGUUUCUGAAAUUUCUACCAUCUCUCUCAUCCCUUCAUGACCUUAACUUUUUUUUUUUUUUUCUUUUUUACCUUUUCCUUAUCUCUUACCCAACCCACAUGUUAUUUAUGCCAUUGGGACUCGAACCAUUCAGACAAAUGACUCAAUGGGAUGGAACAGUGCCUGUUUUUUCAAGCAGUAAUUUUGUCCUUGUUCAGGAAUCAGAACGGUUCCCUACUUCGUUAUGAGAUAAUCUCUUUAGCCUUCCAUGGCUUGAGCUCCAGUUCUCAACUUCUGAGCCUUUUGCCAACCAGAACGUCAAUGUCUCAGGAAGCGAGCAUGGAUACAAGAAAAUCUUUAAGAAAUCUUAGAGGAACUCUUCAUGCUCUUCUGGAUCUAAAGGCACAUCUAACUCCCAACUGGGUCAAAUCAGUUUGUGAUAUAAUAAAAACCCUGCCUUCUGAGUUUGAUGCCAAAGAAGAUGAUGAUGAUGGUGAUGAUUCUGGAAAUGUCAUUUCAAAAAUAAAAGAUGAACUUGAUGCCUUAACUAGCCGUAUAAACAAGCUCAACGUAGAUAGACGGCAGCUCCUAAAUCGUUUUCUGGAUUUGAAAGGGAAUAUUCGUGUGUUUUGUCGCAUAAGACCUAUCACAAUGGCGGAGAAUUUUGGUCGGUUAAGACCAGCUGUGGCUGCGGAUUCAAGUACUGUUCUUUUAAAACUUGCUGAUAACAAGAGUAAGAAUUACAGUUUCGACAGGGUUUUCCACCCAGGAUCAUCACAAGAUGAAGUUUUUUCCGAAGUUGAACCAGUUAUCAAGUCUGUCCUUGAUGGUUACAAUGCUUGCAUUUUCGCAUAUGGCCAGACCGGCACAGGAAAAACUUUCACAAUGGAAGGUACACCAAAUGCCCCUGGGGUUGUUCAUCGCACAUUCCAGGCACUAUUCAAGCAAGCAGUGGACAGUAACCAUUCAUUUCUCAUCAGAUUCAGUAUGCUUGAGAUUUACCUGGGAAAUCUAAAGGAUUUGCUAGUCCCCCAGCCAACAAGAGCUACUGAUCCUUUGUCUCCUUGCCUUUCAAUUCAAACAGAUCCUGAGGGAAGAAUAGAAAUAGACAAUCUUGUAUCAAUCCAAGUGAAUGACUUCCACCAAGCUUUGAGGCUGUACAGAUUAGGAUGCCGUUUCAGAUCAACUGCCUCAACAAACUCCAACAUAACUUCAAGCCGAUCACAUUGCAUGAUCCGCAUAGCAAUAACUUGCUCUGAUGCUCCUGAGAGGCGCCGGGAAACAAACAAAAUUUGGUUAGUGGACCUUGGAGGAAGUGAGCGAGUGCUGAAGACAAAGGCAUGGGGGAAAAGACUUGACGAAGGAAAAGCUAUUAAUUUGUCACUCUGUUCUCUUGGAGAUGUAAUUAAUGCCCUCCAAAUGAAAAGGCGUCACAUACCUUACAGGAAUAGCAAGUUGACACAAGUUCUCAAAGAUUCUCUAGGUGACGAUUCAAAAACACUAAUGCUAGUCCAUGUCAGUCCCAAAGAACAAGAUUUGUGUGAGACCAUAUGUUCUUUAAAUUUUGCAACAAGGGUGAAAAACAUUCACCUGGGGAAUGAGGAUACAAUAGAAGUAAGAGAGCAGAAGGAAGUAGCAAUGGCAAAUCUGCAGCAAAAGAUGAUAGAGAUUGAAAAUGAGCAGUUUCAUGUUAGACAAGAAAUUCAGAAACUAGAAAAGAGAUUAGACAAUCUCACAGGAAAAAGUUUAUCUUCUGAAGAGCAACUUGAGACAUAUAAUUUUAUUGAAGAACCACUUACAAAGAACAGUGCUGGACACACAACAGUAGGUCCUUUGUCAAAUGUUCCAAGAUUUAUGCAGCCAACCAUUUGCAGCCAAAGAAAAUCAGGGACAAAUUUCCAAGCUUCAGAAUGGAAAAUCCCAGUACCUGGAAGAAGGAAAAGGCCAUCAUCUCAUCGUGCUGAGUCUGUGACUUUUCCUGUGAAGGAUCAUUCAGAUUACAAAUCAGAACAUAGUGUUUCCAGAUCUAGCUGUUUGGUGGGAUUGGAGACGAGAAAGAGUGCUGAUAAUGCAACAGAAUACAGCCAAGACACUCUUGAAACAGAGGUUGAAAUGACUGAUAUCCGAGAGAAAGAAAAAGCACCUUUUUCAGCUAGUCAAAUGAAUGACAGUCAUUGCAUUCAGAAAUUUACACAUAGACAGACAGGCACGACUAAAGAUUACAUCAAAUUUUCUAAGGUUGACAAUUGGCUUGACCUACAAAAGAAUGAAACCAAUGCGAAUGGUUAUACUCAUAGGACUAAGCGGGUUUUAGCUAUUCCUGAUCCCAAGAAGAAACAUAAGCAAAAUAAGCAGAGAAAAGAAAAGGUGGCUUUUGAUGAAAAAAUUAGUAGUUUUCAUGAUUGUAGAAUGCAAAAAGUCCACAUUGAAAAAGAUAUGGUUACUGUCAGCAGAGUUGGAAUGAUUAUAUCAGAAGUGGCAACUAACAAACCACCAACACAUUUCCAGGAUUUAUUCAUUGAGGACUCGAGAUCCCAUUUCAGUUCAACAUCUCAGACAACUGAAGGAAACAGAAUGAUACAAACACAAGAUUCUGUAGAUAACUCAUCAACAGAUGAUGACAAAUGGAGCAUUUUUUCUCCAGAAGAUGUGUAUCAUAGACUAGGUGAAUGUAAGAAUCAUAAUGGAGCCAAUGCACUGUCUAUCAUGCAGGCGGUAGAAGGGGAAAAUGAAAUUUCAGACAAUUUACAGUUACAGAAUCAUGGGUGCUGGGAACUUUUGCAAUCCGAUUUAGGUGGCACUAACAUCUUCUCAAAAGGGAAUUCCAGUGACUCAGCAUCAACAGUAGAACUUGAAUCAUGCUGUCCACAAGCAUUCACUGAAUCAGUUACGGAAGAUGGCCAAAGGCAAGACUCAGACUCCUCUAUUCUACUCUCAGCAAAAGAAAGAUGUGGCAUUCUCCAAAUGAGAUCUCAAAGAGCUUUAUUUGAGAACUGUUCAAACCAGAAGGGUUUAACUAAGCAAUUUGAUAAAUUUCAAGGAGAAACACGGAAAAGAGGAAUAUGCUAUAUUCUUAAACAGCAUAUCGAGAUUUUAUACAUCAGUGCUCUUCUAGGACUGGGGUUCUGUAACCUGGGAUAUGAGCAUGAGUUCUUCUCCGGUUUAAUGCUUUGAAACGACACCAGUGGAUGAAAGUCUUGUAUAUUGGUGGUAGAGAGAGGUGGGAGUGAGAUGCAAAUGAAACAUCACAAAAGCUCAAAUUGUAACCUUCUGUCGUAUUUGCUUGGUGCAAGCUUAAGAUGCGUGCAUGCAUAUUUGUGCAAUAAAGCAGGUAGGAAAGGUUUUCAUGGCUUUGUCUAAAUGAUAUACUGUAAUUAGUACCUGCUUCCAUAGCAGGAAAGCUCUUUUUGAAGUUCUGGUCAAGCUUCCAAACCUGGAAUAUCUAUCCAAAGAAACAAGAGCUCACAAAAAUUAAAGAUGUGCAUCAGCUAGACUAGACAACUAUUGGUCUAUGUACAUAUUUAUGUACGUUUAACUGCAACUAUGCAAUAGGCUCACUUGCUUUUGCCAUAACUGUAUGGGAUAAACAAAAGCCAUCUUGCAUACAAAAACCUUGUAUUGACCCUGUCUAUGUAUACAUAUUUUUAAAUUAUAUAAUGAAUUUUGUAAGAUUCUCAUA